AUGCGUCUAAAUACCGAAUUUCGCCAGAAAUCUGUCGAGAAACGACCGCAGUUAAGUAAAGCACAGUCUGUAUAUGAUCCCAACUGCACACCGCAAAGCAAUGAGUCAUCUGGUCGAGAACUUUCAUUUCAACAACACAGUGCAAGUACUACGUCUAGGUUUGCUGAUAGCAAAAGUGAUGUGCAUUCCCCUCGAAAAGAUUCACCGAACUCGGACACUUCCGAAAAAGUUGCAUUGCCUGAAUCGAUCACAUCGCUGUGUUUCAUUCAUGCUUGUUGCAAGAAAAAUGAUUCGCGCUCAGUACCAUGCUUAUGGUUGGGCACAUCGAUGGGUACCUGUAUAGCCUUCAGCCUUUUGUUACCAACUGAUCGAUUGAAUUCCAAUGUUGUGGUUGCACCCACAGGAUCGAUAUUCCGAUUGAAAGGCCAAUUCCUUUAUACUGCAUUUUUGGAUCAGUCGUUUUGUUUACUGACAGCUGCAUCGGAAAGUUAUCGUGAUAUUAAGGAAGAUGCAAAAGCGUCAAGUGCGAGUAGUAGUAAUAAUGGCACUGAUAGGGCGAUAGUAAAUAAAGUCGUCACGAAAUGUUCCCUUUCACCGACGUUUUCGAAUGCUUCUGAAAGCUUCUCGUCGAGAGAGGAUGACUUCUCUCAGAUUUGUUGUGGUGGUGACUUGUGGGAUGAAUUGAUUCGAUGUGCUUGUGGAAUGACGAUAUCAGUGCAUUACUUUAUUGAGUUAUCUGUGAAUGAUAACUACAUCUUGUAUAGAAUUAAAAACACGGAUUAUCUUGAAGCAUUGUUACGUUAUGAAGUGAUAUGCUAG